AAUUUUGUUGGGUAAAAAAUGAAAAAUCACUGAUAAAACCCUUUUCAACCUUUUCUCGCCAAAUUGAAAGGACCAUAUUUUGUCUUACCAAAAUAAAAGAGUUCAAUCUUUUGGAGGUUUGUUUGAUCGCUGGUGUCUGAAAUCACGCUUCAAUGGAGAUAAGAACAGUGAAAGUCAGCAAUCUUUCUUUAAGUGCAAUAGAGCAAGAUGUAAAGGAGUUCUUUUCCUUUUCCGGUGAAAUUGAUUAUGUUGAACUGCAUGGUGACACUGAGCGGUCUCAAAUAGCAUAUGUCACCUUCAAAGAUCCACAGGGGGCCGAAACUGCGGUUCUUCUUUCGGGUGCAACAAUAGUGGAUCAGUCAGUUACCAUAGAUCUGGAUCCAGAUUACAGGCUUCCAGCUGCUGUUUCAGUCCCAACUACUGUGACAGAGAACAGAACUGCAUCGGGUGCUGAAUCUGCUAUCCAAAAGGCUGAGGAUAUUGUAAGCAGCAUGCUUGCCAAGGGCUUCAUUCUGGGGAAAGAUGCUGUAAACAAGGCAAAGGCGUUUGAUGAGAAGCACCAAUUCACAUCAACUGCCACUUCUAAAGUUGCUUCUUUGGAUCAAAAAAUUGGUUUCACUGAGAAAAUUAGUGCCGGCACAGCCCUUGUCAAUGACAAAGUGAGGGAAGUAGAUGAGAAGUUUCGGGUUUCUGAGACGACGAAGUCAGCCUUUACAGCUGCUGAGCAAACAGUCAGCAAUGCCGGAUCUGCUCUCUUGAAGAACCAUUACGUAUUAACUGGUGCUUCAUGGGUUACUGGGGCAUUUAGUAAGGUUGCCAAGGCAGCAGGUGAUGUGGGGCAGAAAACAAGAGAGAAGGUUUUGGCCGAGGAAGAACAGAGUCAAAGAGCAGUAGGAUAUAUCCCAAUUCACGAGUCUGACUCUCCAAAUAUAAGUCAACAUAUGUCCAGGGGCUUGCGAUGAUGAUAAUGGUCCUUUGAUUAGCCAAAGGCUCUGUAGAUAUCUUCAUAGGGAAUUUGGAUCUGAUCAUGUGAACAUUACUUGUUCCUUGUUAUUUUGGAAGUUGUUAAUUCGGGAAAAUUGUCGAACUUGUUAUGUUUGCUUUACAACCAUAAAGUCAAAAAUUGAUUUGUCGUAUGCUUUUGCUUUUCCAAUCAUGUCUAAACGCUAUUUAACAUUUGUAUUUAAUACCUCUUUCAAAUCA